AUGUCAGAUCAUAUACCUGUAUUUUGUCUGUCUAUUUUUCUAUCUCAAUCAUUCACUAUCUAUCUAUCUAUCUAUCUAUCUAUCUAUCUAUCUAUCUAUCUAUCUAUCUAUCUCUCUCUGUUUCUAUCUCAAUCAUUCUCUCUAUCUAUCUAUCUAUCUAUCAAUCUAUCUAUCUAUCUAUCUAUCCCAAUCAUUCUCUCUCUCUCUCUCUCUCUAUCUAUAUGUCUCAAUCACUCUCUCUCUCUAUCUAUCUAUCUAUCUCAAUCAUUCUCUCUCUCUCUAUCUAUAUAUCUAUCUCAAUCAUUCUCUCUCUCUAUCUAUCUAUCUAUCUCAAUCAUUCUCUCUCUAUCUAUCUAUAUAUCUAUCUCAAUCAUUCUCUCUCUCUAUCUAUAUAUAUAUCAAUCAUCUCAAUCUAUUCUCUCUCUAUCUAUCUAUAUAUCUAUCUCAAUCAUUCUCUCUAUCUAUCUAUAUAUCUAUCUCAAUCAUUCUCUCUCUCUAUCUAUCUAUCUAUCUCAAUCAUUAUCUCUCUCUCUAUCUAUCUCAAUCAUUCUCUCUCUCUCUCUCUCUCUCUCUAUCUAUCUAUCUAUCUAUCUAUAUAUAUAUAUAUAUCAAUCAUUAUCUCUCUCUGUCUAUCUAUAUAUAUAUCUCAAUCAUUCUCUCUCUCUAUCUAACUAUCUAUAUAUCUAUCUAUCUAUCUCAAUCAUUCUCUAUCUAUCUAUCUAUAUAUCUACCUAUGACCAAUGCCGACCGUGUGCUGGUUGUUUGCAACGCGCGCAGGGAAACUGA